CAAAAAUUUAGCCACAUUUGUGUUUAAAAUUUAGCUUAUUAGGAGAUCGAAAAAAAUGGUUACUCCAAUUCCAAAAAGUGUUCGAGAGAUAUGGAAGGAGUGGAACAUUAGAGGGAUCAUUCUUUUUAGCCUGGCGUUACAGGCAUUUCUAAUUAUGGUUGCUCCCUUCAGAAAACGCACCUCCAAUAAAUUCUUCAUUUUCCUACUUUGGAUGUCUUAUUUGCUUGCUGAUUGGGCGGCGAGCUUCACCGUUGGCCACAUUUCCAGCAAACAAAAUGACGAUUCCGGCAGGGACAAGGGUUGUUAUGCCAAUAACAAAGCAGACGACAUCAUACAAGCCUUUUGGGCUCCAUUUCUUCUUCUCCACCUUGGUGGUCCUGACACCAUAACUGCCUUUUCUCUUGAGGAUAAUGAGCUCUGGCUUCGACACUUGUUAGCUCUUGUAACUCAGGUUCUUGCGACUGCUUAUGUCUUCAUCCAAACUGUUCCGGGGAACAUUCUCUGGAAACCGACGAUUGUCAUGUUCAUCGGUGGAAUCAUCAAGUAUGUCGAGCGAACUCGCGCUCUCUACAAGGCGAGCUUAAGCACUUUCCGAGCAUCCUUGCUCGAAAAGACUCCAAACUACGCCGAAUACACGUCAAAAGCCUUUAGCAAAGACGUGGUACAAGGACACCUAAAAGAGAUCGAGAUCGUGAACUUGGCCCAUUACUACUUCCAGAUUUUCAAAGGUCUAAUUGUAGAUUCCAUCUUAAGCAUUGAAGAGCGCGACGAGAGCCGUAAGUUCUUCAUGAGUAGGACGGCAACAGACGCUUACAGAGUCAUGGGGGUUGAGCUCAACUUCAUUUAUGAAGUGCUCUACACAAAAGUCCAAGUGGUUCAUAACACUGUCGGCUAUGUAUUCCGCUUCUUGGCUUUCGCUUCUAUCUUUGCCACUCUUGUACUCUUUUACUUUGUGGACAAAGACGAUUUCAAGGCUUUUGAUGUUAGAACUACAUACACUUUGCUUCUUGGGGCAAUUUUUUUGGACGCUAUAGCUCUUUUUAAUCUCAUCUUUUCGGAUUGGAGUGUGGUUGGAAUGUACAAGUACUCAAAAAUAAGAAAGUCAUGUGUGUCGAGAAUGUUAGAGUGGUUACUCAAAUUGCAAGAACCAAAUUUGCAUAAUUCGGGUAGUAAUUUGUUUAACAGGAGAAUAAGAGCAACACUAUUUGGGCGGUGGUCAGAGGUGAUAUCCGGGUACAACUUCAUCACAUAUAGUCUAAGAGAACGUUUUGAUGAUAUAGAAAUUGAUCAAGAUCACGUGGAAUGUUGUUGGAAUGGGGUACUUAUUAACAAGAUAAAAUAUGCCUAUGGUAAAGUUACCAAGUGUUUUACAAAAAUAUCUAACAUAAUGAUUGAUAUUUUGGGUUUGACAGGUAUUGUGAACGAAUUAAAGUACACCAUUGGAUACAGAAUGAACGAGCACCUAUGGAAUUUCAUCUUUAAGGAGUUACAAGACAAAGCAAAGGACGCGGAAGAUGUGAAAAUGGCCAAAAGAAUUUGCGAAGCAAAAGGCUCUUAUGUUCUUCUGAAAGGUAUGAAAGACAACGAAGAGGAAAUAAAGGAGUUAGUGCCUUACAUCGACGAGGUCAGUUAUGAUAAAAGCCUUGUGUUAUGGCACAUUGCUACGGAACUAUGUUACCAGAAUGAUUUUAUAAGCAAUGAACUUGAUCCUAUGAAAGAUGAUAAGUAUAAUAAUCAACUAUAUCAUUUUAGUAAACUACUUUCAGAUUACAUGCUUUAUCUAUUGGUGCUGCAACCAACAAUGAUGUCGGCGGUAAUCGCCGGAGUAGGGCAAAUUAGGUUUUGGGACAUGAAAGAGGAGAUAAAGGAGUCCUUUGUACACACGAGUGAGGAGGCAAAGAGGUUCUUUUCUCGGAGAGGGAAUGGGAAAGGGAAAGAGAAAGAGGCGUGCAUGGACAUUCUAGCGGUUAACACUACAAUUAAACCUGCGACGGUAAAGGGGGACAGGAGUAAAUCUGUGUUGUUUGAUGCUUGUGUCCUUGCCAAAAAACUUGAUCAGUUUGGGGAUAAAAAGUGGGAGAUAUUGAGUAGUUUUUGGGUGGAGAUGUUGUCGUAUGCGGCUUCUCAUUGUCGUCCGGAUAGUCAUGCCCAGCUAGUGAGUAAAGGUGGGGAGCUUAUUACUUUCGUUUGGUUGCUCAUGGCUCAUCUUGGCUUGGGAGAUCAGUAUCAGAAGGAGGGUCUUGUCAGAGCAGACCUUGUCGUUCGAAAGGAGGGUCAUUGUUCUUGCUUUUUUUAAUUUAAUUUCACCAUUUAGUUGCUAGCUAGCUCUGUAACAUUUCUAUAGUUCUACUUAUAUGAGUUUGCAUUGCAUGCAUGUGAAUAUUAUUCAAGAUGAAAACUUUUAUCGAUAUUAUUUUUUUAGUUAAUUGAAACACAAACGAGAAAUGUUAAAAAGGCACCACAAAUAAAUCAUUAUAAUUAGUACCGUACAAUUUAAUUUUAUGUCUCACAUAUAUUCUUUAUAUACAUAUGUUAUGGUAUAGUUUUUCAAAAUGAAAACAUCUCCAUAUAAUGUUCGUUUUAUAGAAAGUUA